UUCUGUCAUGUUGGUACUUUGCAAGUAAAUUUCUGUCUUUUGUCCUGCAGCUCACCUUCGGCCAAAAUUUUGAUUUGGCAGGGAUUAGCCAAAAAUUUUUGACAAGUUCAGCAACAUGAGCCAAGUCUUUUUAAAAACCGUGUGUCUAUCCCUGCGGACAAAUCCUCCACAAUGCGGCCGACUGGUCCCUCUGGUCUCCAUGCAGAGAAGAGCAUACUCGAGCGGCGAGGAGGCCGACUUGGUUGUCAUCGGGUCAGGGCCCGGAGGCUACGUAGCUGCAAUCAAGGCUGCUCAGCUGGGACUGAACACCGUUUGUAUCGAGAAGAAUCCAACACUUGGUGGUACGUGCUUGAAUGUCGGCUGCAUUCCAUCGAAAGCCCUCCUCAACAACUCAUACUACUAUCAUAUGGCUCACACUAACGACCUGAAGAACAGAGGAAUUGAAAUCUCUGGAUUGUCCUUAAACCUGGAGAAAAUGAUGGAGGCAAAGGCAACAGCAGUCAAAGCUCUUACGGGUGGAAUUGUUCAUUUAUUCAAGCAAAAUAAGGUUCGCUUGGUGAAUGGCCAUGGAAAAAUCACAGGAACAAAUGAAGUAACGGCCUUGAAAGAGGAUGGCUCCAGCGAGGUUGUUCGCACGAAGAACAUCAUGAUUGCCACUGGCUCUGAAGUCACUCCCUUCCCGGGCAUUGAGGUUGACGAGGAGACAAUCGUUUCUUCCACGGGAGCUUUGAAGCUGGCAAAAGUUCCUGAAAAGCUGGUUCUUAUUGGUGCUGGUGUAAUUGGCUUGGAAUUGGGAUCUGUCUGGUCUCGACUUGGUGCUGAAGUCACUGCUGUCGAGUUCCUUGGUUCAAUAGGAGGAUUGGGUAUCGACGCAGAGGUCUCCAAGGGUUUCCAGAGAAUUCUUACUAAACAGGGCCUCAAGUUCAAGCUGAGCACCAAAGUGACUGGCGCAAGGAAGGUGGGAGGCAAAGUCCUGGUGUCUGUUGAGAACGUCAAGGACCCAGAGAAGAAGGAAGAGCUGGAAUGUGAUGUUCUGCUGGUUUGUGUUGGCCGUAGGCCAUACACUCAAAACCUUGGCCUCGAGGAAAUUGGAAUCGAGCGAGAUGAGAAGGGAAGAGUGCCUGUCAACUCUAGGUUCCAGACCGUUGUUCCCAACAUCUUUGCCAUUGGCGACUGCAUUCACGGCCCUAUGUUGGCGCACAAGGCCGAAGAUGAAGGAAUUGUUUGUGUAGAGGGUAUUGCUGGGGGCCCAGUGCACAUCGACUACAACUGCAUCCCCUCCGUAAUCUACACACAUCCUGAAGUAGCCUGGGUUGGACGCACAGAAGAGGACCUCAAGAGUGAUGGCAUUGAAUACAAAGUUGGAAAGUUCCCAUUUGCUGCCAACAGCCGUGCAAAGACUAACAAUGAGACCGACGGCUUUGUGAAGAUUUUGGCUGACAAGGCGACGGACAGAAUUUUGGGUUGCCACAUUAUUGGACCUGGAGGUGGCGAGAUGAUCAACGAAGCUGUUUUGGCCAUGGAGUAUGGAGCGUCUGCCGAGGAUAUUGCCAGAGUUUGCCAUGCACAUCCUACCUGCUCAGAGGCGCUGAGGGAAGCCAACCUGUCUGCCUACUUUGGCAAGUCCAUCAACUUUUAAUUAGAAAAAUCUCCACGCUUGUGAACCAGUGUGCAUUCGCCAGGUGUAGCCACUACCUUAGUUCACUCUCAUUUAGGCGUGAUUGGCCACGUCUGGUUCAGCAUAAUUUUUAAUUUGCAUCAACUUGAAAUACUGUUGGUAGAGAAUGUCUAAUUUUGUAAAUAUGUCACACUCAACUUCAGGAUGCGAGCUUGCCGAAGAAGAUUAAUUUUCAGACAUUCAAAAUAAUUAAUUUAGAUAUUUUCCUCAAUAUCUAAUUUUGAAAUUGACAAAAAUAAAGAUUUGAUUGGCUUAACUCAUGACACACAAAACCCAGUCUGUUAUGUAUAUGGCAAAUAAAAAUAAUUACUGUUAUUAACAAGAUAA